AUGUCGAUCCAUCGUCUACUAAGCACAAAAAAUCAUCAAGUCUUAAUCGAUGAUUAUUUUACCACUGGUGAACAAAUUACUGACCAAUUUGAAGGACGCUUUGUACAUUUAUCAUUGAGUCGCGACGGUUUAUUAUUAUUCUGGAAACAAUAUAAGGGCAAUGAAGUGAUCGCUUCGGAAUUUUGCUAUAUCGAUGAUCUCAUUGAUGUAUUUUCGGGCUGUUGUGCGGAGAAUUCGCGACGACAAGGAAUUCAUCAAAAAGCCAAUGCUGAAUGUGACGCUGACAUCCAAAUUUUUCGUGCCAUAUUUACUGUUCUUCUGAAAAAAUAUUUCGCUUAUAAAACGAAAAAGCGUACAUUGAAGCAUUGA